AUGAACCACCAUCCACCAACGUCACCAACAACCAUCAGGUACAGGUAUAACUCCAGACACGGACCAACCAUGGCACCAACCAGCAUCAACCAUGAAACACCAUCAACCACCAUCACCAGUCACCACCAUCACCAACCAUCAGGUGUGGCGUUACGAGAAGCACAACAGCACAAGCGCCUGACCGUAAAUCUCCACUCCCCGCCCCCUAUCUCCCCCCUCACCCCCUGGCAACCCUACCCCUCUCCCCCCUUCCAUCUCCUGCCUCACUACAAGCACCUUCCACUGGGCAUGUGUGUGGACGGUGGCGGUGGCUGGAGACAGGAACCAGGCCCAACCGUGUGGCGUCACUCCGCACUCAACGCUAUCUCUAGCUUCUUCAAUAUCGUCUCUGGGGAAAGGUUCCGCCAAAGUAUGAUCCAAGUGAAGUCGAGUUUUCUGAUCUCGUACAAGCACAUCCGACCAUUCCACCUCCUCGAAUGA